UGAGAACGUUAAUCGUGUUUCGAGAUGCUCCCGACAGAUGGCGAAAGGUGGGCAUUAAAAUCACCCCAGUGGUCGGAUCUCUAUCUCGAGCGUACUCUAUGUGGCAGUGCUCGUAAACAAUGGUAUUGUUUGAUUGUUGGUGACAUGUAUAGGUUACUAAGCGAUGAUAUCGAUAUUUCGUGAUUGUAAUACCGAUCAAAUGCGUGAUAUCGCUCCAAACCUCUCGCUGAUGAGAAUAUGCCGUCCUCCCAACCGCGUGUAAUUAAUGUGAUCUUGGUUUCCGCGUUCUUCCUAACCUCAAUAUGUCAAAUGUGUACGUUUUCCUUGUACUGCUCUGCUGCCUACUGAAAAAUAGCAAUGCUUCGAAAUGCUACUCGGAGUUUUGCCAAAAUCAAACCGUCAUACAUCCAGUUCCUGAAAAACAAUGUUUGUUAACUCCGGUGCAGAGAGGAGAAGAAUGUUCAAAGCUGACUUUCGAACAUCUGGGUCAUUACCCGCUGUACAAAUCGGCAGCAGCAGAGUUUAGAUUGAGUGCGUAUAUCAAAUACUUUGAUCAGCUCGGAGGUAUGGCGACUGCGUUCAAUCUCUCUGUCAGCAAUAUCGAUUUUCAAAAAUUGAUAACGAGAUAUCAAGAUAUCAAUGCGGAGGGAACGUCGGUGUGUCGACAUAUACACCUUUAUGGAAACGUUACUCAUCAAAGGCCUUCGGAAUUGUUCGUAUCGUGUCCUUUCUCCGAUGAUUCAUUCGAAGGAGCCUCUUAUAGACUGGAGUAUUUGGUGGUUGGGAAAUGUUAUGAGUUCAGUCGCAAAUUGGUAUUUAAUGUACCAAUACAUAGGUUUGUAAAUGAGAUGGUGACAGACGUUCAAUCGUAUACCCCAUUUAUUUACAUAGACAUAUCGAAUACAGAUGGGCUUUCAUUAUACGUACAGCGAGUACCUGAAAAGUUUAACGUUACCAGCUAUAAAGCAUGGUUAAUAAAAAAUGACACGGACAGUGUUACUACUGCAAUCCUCACUCCCAAGGAAGCAGAUUCUCAUAUUCUACAUGAGUUUUCCGUGGAUGAAGGCAUUUAUUAUUUUAAGGUAGCAGCAAUGCAUUCCACGUGCAAUGAAUAUGGUUGUAAUAACGUUACGUCGCCGUUGAUUUUUAUAAGUCGACCAUCCCGUCGUCUGUUGAUAAUGAUCAUUAGUAUUAUUUGGAUACCUCCUGUGAUUUGUUACGCAAUGUAUCACGCAUAUAAAUUAUUCACUAAAAAAGGAACGUUAAGAAGUAGAGGACGCAAAACGAAUUGUUUGUUAGUAUAUUCACCGACGCAUUUGGCCCACGUAAAUGUAAUGGCUGAUCUAUCGAGGUACUUAAAGGCUUGUGAUAUCGAUGCAAUGAUCGACAUAUUAAACAUUCCAAAAAGCCCCAAUGAGGAUCCCGGUCUUUGGUGCAACUCAGCUUUUGAAAAAGCAGACGUGGUGAUAGUAGCCACUUCUCCACCUCCAAGUGACGCUGCAGUGCCAGUAAUUUAUCGGAACAUGGACAAUCAUGCCCUGAGAUUAAUCAAAGAAAAUUAUCCGCGACGAAACAAGAGGUAUUACGCGAUACAAUUACCUUAUUGUGAGACAGACGACAUUCCCGAGGAAGCUCGAUACUUCAAAAGAUUCAACAUACCGGAGGACCUUAAUAAAUUUGUAAGAACCGUUCACGGUGUUCACUAUCCAAGUGUUGGAUGCGUGUCGGCCAAAAGUUUGCACGAAAGCAUAAAAACGGCCAAAGUCGAGAUUUCCCGGCGAGAACCGCCCAAAAUCCUAAGGACUGCUGAAGAGACUGAAAACCUUAUACCCUCCGAAAAAGGACCAGCCUCUAACGGGGAGAAAAUAAAUGUCACCGUUGAAACCACCCAAGCUUCGGAAGGUGAACCGAUACCAAGGCGAUAUGCGACAAAUAUCGACGAAUUGAAUUUAUUGGGGGGAAAUCGCGAAGGAGACGGCGAAAAUCUUGUGUUCAGACCUCCGAGUAAUUGUGAGUUUCGAAUUGACAAGCUCGACUUAUAAGAUUCUAUAUAUUAGAAUUAGUUCAUAAAGUUCGAUGCGGUUUCCACUGUUAUGUAUAACAUGCAAGUGCCAAUAAACAUUUAAUUUAUUA